GCAGCUACCCCACGUACGUGCUCAUAUCCCAUAUCCGGAGAAACGGAGAGAGAGGGGGGGGAGGCUAACGUUCCUCUUUAUGUGCAUCUUUUCCUCUGCAGACGCGUGCGUGACAUAUCUGCUCCCGGAUUUCCCUUCAACUUUUCUUUUUUGUUGUUGCGGUUUUUUAUACUGUUUUCAUUGUCGCAUUUCCUCCGUCCUCCGUGUCUUUGGAAUGAACCGUUUUCCCGCCUGCGUCGUUUCCAUGUCAGCAUGGGAACUGCCGUCUCCAAAAGGAAGAAUUUAAGAAACGAUGCGAUAUCUUCUGUGGCAGCAAAAGUUAGAGCAGCGCGAGCAUUUGGAGAGUACCUGUCCCACACACACCCUGAAAAUCGAAACAGAUCAGCUCAUCCUUUGUGUGAAACCUUGGUGGGUCCCGACCAGGAGUCGCCAAGUGACACGAUUGCCCCCAACAACAACAACCACCUCUAUCCCUGCUCCAACACCACCAAGGGCUGUGAGAACAACCGGGAGCCAAGCUUGGUGAAACCCCCGCUGGGCUUACUCCAGCAACCUCCCCCUUCCAUCAUCAUCUCUACCAAAGCAUCACGAUUGUCCCUAGAGCGCAGCUUCUCAGCAGAGGAAGACCAGCUGAAGUGCGUUGAGUGCACCCUCCAGCCUGCCCGUGUGUACACCAUCACCACCCAGCGGGGUAUGCUGAUGAGCAGCGGCCGGGGCAGCAAGGAGAGCCUAGAACUGGACGUCCUAAAGGAAAAGUCGGGGAGUGGCGGGUUGGGAUCCAGAGGUGGCUUGAUCCAGCCCUCCACUUCCCCUUCUUCCACCUCAUCGUCUCCAACCCAGUUCCACCAGGCCAGCAGUGGUCGUGGCACCAGCCACCAUCACAGAAACCAUCACGACACGCACCACGGAAACCACCACCACAGCAUCUCGGGCCCCAAUGCCCCUUCCAGUAGUGGAGGAAGUAGCGGGGCAAGUGGAAGCAGCAGUAGUAACCAACAGCAGUCUUUAGCCGUCGCUGGAUCCCACUCCCAUCAUGGAUCACAUCACCACGGCCACCAUCACCUGUCUCAACCCCCGCUGCAGACCUCCGUCAGUGCCCACAACAUCCGCGGCUGGGGCGAGGGUGGAAAAGGGGAGGCGGAGUGCAGCGGGCUGGCCUGUGAGUCAUGCAGCAGCACCCCCUCGCGGAGCCAAGGCUCCUUGGACCUAGAGAGCGCGUCCCGAGAGGCAGGCAAGCAGCACCGACGCCUAGAGAGGAUGUGGAGUGUGGACCGGGUGACUGGUCUGGAGAGAGAUGACACUAACUGGUUUCCCAAGGAAAAUAUGUUCAGCUUUCAAACUGCCACAACAACCAUGCAGGCGAUAUCGAACUUCCGGAAGCAUCUUCGGAUGGUGGGCAGCAGGAGGAUGAAAGCACAGACAUUCGCUGAGCGUAGAUCGAAGAGUUUCAGCCGUUCCUGGAGUGAUCCCACCCCUGUCAAGACUGACUCUCCUCAUGACCCCAGAGACAGUGGAGACCUGCAGACCUCCUGCGGUACAUUAGAUGAAGGAGGCCUCGAUGACAAUAUAGACUGGGAGGAGGAGAGAGAGAUGGAGAGGCUGGCCUGCGAAGGAGAUGACUUUGUACCUCCCAAAAUCAUGCUGAUCUCUUCUAAGGUCCCAAAGGCGGAGUACAUUCCCACUAUAAUCCGCAGGGAUGACCCCUCCAUCAUCCCCAUCCUCUAUGACCACGAACAUGCAACGUUUGAUGAUAUUUUGGAGGAAAUAGAGAAGAAGCUCACAGCCUACAGGAGAGGAAGCAAGUUCUGGAGGAUGCUCAUCUUUUGUCAGGGAGGCCCUGGUCACCUGUAUUUACUGAAAAAUAAAGUGGCAACUUUUGCUAAGGUGGAAAAGGAAGAGGCCAUGAGCCAGUUCUGGAGGAGGCUUAGUCGCUUCAUGAGUAAAAUCAACCCAGAACCCAACAUCAUCCACAUAAUGGGAUGCUAUGUCCUGGGCAACCCCAAUGGAGAGAAGCUGUUCCAGAAAUUGAAGAAUCUGAUGAGGCCUUAUUCUGUCGAGUUUGAGUCGCCGCUGGAGCUGUCUGCGCAGGGCAAAGAAGUGAUUGAGUUGUACUUCGACUUCCGCCUCUACCGGCUUUGGAAGACACGGCAGCACUCCAAACUCUUGGAGUAUGAGGAGUUUUUGUGACGAAGAAACAUGGAUAAAUGGUCCGGUGCCACGAGGAGCCAGUAAAAAACUGGUCCGAUGACUGAACAUUGCUCAACUAUAGUGCUCGGCUCAAUAUAAACAGUCAUACCUGCUUUCAUUCUGAGCGGACCGGGAGCGGAGGAAGAAGGAUGAGAGGCAGGACAAGGACGCUGAAGACAAACUAAGUUAUGCCGUGCCUCUGCUCCUCCUCAUUAUUAGUGUAACGAUGAAAGACUAACAGAAAGGGCCAAAGAAAUACACAUAAAAGAAAAAAUGAGGAAAAAGCAGAGACAACCGGACUGUCCGCAUCUUAGUCACACACUCCCUUUUUCUCUUGAGUUUGAAAGCAAAAGGAAAAUCCAAAAUACAAAUGCGUAAAAAGCAAAUAUAAUUUUAGUCACAUCUUGGUUGAAAAGGCGGAUUUUCAGGCUGAUGCGCUUCAGAAAAAUCGCUGAAACUCAUCGUGCCAUAAUCCGGUUCUGUGUUUCAACUGGACCUCUCAGAUGAUCUCAGACCCCUGGAGACAUACAUAUACAUAAAUAAUCCAUAUGUCAAUGUGUGUAUAUAUCACAUUAAAAAAUUAGCAUAGCUUUAGUAAUGCAAAUAAUACUCUAUAUGAGAAUAAUGAUGCAUCAUUUAUUUUUGAUGUGCAUUUGUUGUGCAGUUUCAUAUGGAAAUACUUUGGAACAACUCAGGUUUUAGCCAUGAAGUAAUUAAUCUGUUUGUCUAUUCUAUCAAGAUAUUGUAAUCUUCAUUGCCAUUGCUUGGAAUGAAUGUAUUAUCUCUCUAGACAUGUAUCUUCUGUUUGAGGAAUUUAGCAUCAUGUUUUGGUAAAAAAGAAAAGAAAGAAGAAAAAGAAAGUGCAGAUUUUGUGUGCGAGUGCGUGUGUUUUCCAUGU